AUUUUGUUCUGUGAUGUUCUGUGAGUCAUCUUAACAUAGAAAAAAUUGAUGCGGCAGUUUAUACGGUAGAGAGAAAAACACAAGAAAUACGUUGGGCACAGGAAAGAGUUUACGCUAUGACACAUUAAAUGAUCCCAGUGUGCAUAUAUAAGUAACAAAUCCUCGAAACACUCACCAAACUUCUUCGGAGACUCGAGUACAUAGUAUAUACUCGCAGUGUAGUACCUCACUUCUCGCAGUCAUGGCGUCUUCUCAAUCACCGGUCCACGCGCCACCUCAUGUCCUCGAGCUUCUUUCCGAAUUACACCAGAGAUCCAUCGAUCAAGAGGCGGCGAUUGCGGGUGAUCGCAAAAACAUCACGUCCGAGACCGAGGACCAGUAUGAAGCCAGAGGCACCACGACCGGUGGUGGUGGUGAUGAAUCAAGGACCAAAUUCGACCAACUCAUGCUCGACAAGUUCAUCGCCCUGGACCAGGACAAGUGCGAGUUUAUGUACCAGUUGAUCAACGCCAUGGGGGCCACCAACGUGGUCGAGGCCGGGACCAGUUUCGGGGUCAGUACCAUCUACCUGGCCCUCGCCGUCGCUCAAACAAAAGCCGCCACGGGCAAACCUGGCACGGUCAUCGCCACGGAAAAGGAGACUUCAAAGGCGGAAGUGGCACGACGGUACUGGGCUCGGUGUGGUGCCCAAGUAGAGGAGCAGAUUGAUUUGAGAGUGGGGGAUCUGAGGGAGACUUUGAAGGUUGAUUUGCCGGUGAUUGAUCUCCUCCUCCUCGACAGUAAGUAUCCAUACCUUGUAUACCUACUACUCCCCUUCUCUACCUGCCUUGUUUUGUCUAGCCUUGUCUACACGGAGAUUCCUCCAUUCAAUGAUGGCCGACUGACGCCACUAAAAUUGCCAGUCUGGACACCAAUGGUCCUCCCGACUUUGAAAACGGUCUUGCCACGUCUUCGACAUGGUGCUGUGGUAUUGGCGGACAACACCAUAUCGAGUGCGAAAGGGUACGAAGAAUUCUUGACCUUUGUACGAAAUCCUGAGAAUGGGUUUCGCAACAUGACAUUGCCGUUCAACAAUGGCUUUGAGAUGAGUGUUUACUUGCCAAAGUCGGGAUGAGACGAGCAUUCAAAGACUAGAAGACUUUAUUCUAUUCGGUAUAUAUAUAUAUCUACUACUCAGUACUGCUCCUACUUCUUCGCAAUGGCAACAUACGCGAUGUGACGUAAGCCUUCCGCAGGGCCAGCUUCGCGGGCUUGCAGGAGCUUCAACAUCUCAGGGCCCAACCUCUCCUUCUCUUCCUCGCUCCAAUCUUUGACCGCGGCCGGGUAGGUUUUGGCCACCAUAUGGACAUCACGCAGAAAUGGAUCGACGAGAGCAUCGGUCCAUCUCUCGACAAUCUGGAUUUUGUUGCCCUUGAAGCCGGCGUUUUCGAGGACAGAGCGUAGAGUCUCUUCCUUGCUCCAUUCCUCUUCCCACGGCGCCCCCAGUGGCUUCAGGUCGGGCCGGAUCAGUUUUUGGGCUUGCUUGACGGUUUCCAUCAUCCGCCGUUCCUUCCACG